GGUAGAGGAGCUAGUGGUAGAGGAGCUAGUGGAAAGGGAGCUGGUAAAGGGGUGGAGAAAGUUGCGGGGGGCAGGGGACGGCCCCAGAGGGAGGGCGGACUCGGAGGCCUAGGGCCGACUCUCCCCACGGCCACGCCAGUGGUGGUCCCACAGCCCCUGACUACGCGGGGCUAGUUUUGGGGUUCAGAGGGUCUUAAUCCAGAGGCUCAGUCAGCACCAGUCGUCAGUACUGGGGCUUGGGAGAUAGGUAGGUUGAGUAUUCGGGAUGCUAAGGGAAUCUGUCUUUGUUUCGGGAUUCAUCACCAGUAGGUUUAGGUAGCCGUCACCAUCAUGCUCAAAACUGUGAUCCUGAUUGGAGGCCCCCAAAAGGGGACUCGCUUCAGGCCUCUGUCUUUUGAGGUACCCAAACCACUGUUUCCCGUGGCGGGGGUCCCCAUGAUCCAACACCACAUUGAGGCCUGCGCCCAGGUCCCUGGGAUGCAGGAGAUUCUUCUCAUUGGCUUCUACCAACCUGAUGAACCUCUUACCCGGUUCCUGGAAGCUGCCCAGCAGGAGUUUAACCUUCCGGUCAGGUACCUGCAGGAAUUUGCACCCCUGGGUACAGGGGGUGGUCUCUACCAUUUCCGGGACCAGAUCCUGGCCGGGGCCCCUGAGGCCUUCUUUGUGCUCAACGCUGACGUCUGCUCCGACUUCCCGUUGAACGCUAUGCUGGAAGCCUACAGACGCCAGCCUCACCCUUUCUUACUGCUUGGUACCACGGCUAACAGGACGCAAUCCCUCAACUACGGCUGCAUCGUCGAGAAUCCACAGACACACGAGGUCCUGCACUAUGUGGAGAAACCCAGCACGUUCGUCAGUGACAUCAUCAACUGCGGCAUCUACCUCUUCUCCCCAGAAGCCCUGAAGCCCCUUCGGGAUGUCUUCCAGCGUAAUCAGCAGGAUGGGCAACUGGAGGGCUCCCCAAGCCUCUGGCCUGGGGCAGGUACCAUCCGGCUGGAGCAGGAUGUUUUCUCAGCCUUGGCCGGGCAGGGCCAGAUCUAUGUGCACCUCACUGAUGGUUUCUGGAGCCAGAUCAAGUCUGCAGGCUCAGCACUCUAUGCCUCCCGCCUCUAUCUGAGCCAGUACCAGUUCACUCACCCCGAACGGCUGGCCAAGCACAACGCAGGGGGUCCACGGAUCCGAGGAAAUGUUUACAUCCACCCAACGGCUAAGGUGGCUACCACCGCUGUGCUGGGCCCCAACGUCUCCAUUGGUAGGGGGGUGACGGUGGGCGAGGGGGUGCGGCUCCGAGAGAGCAUCGUCCUCCACGGAGCCACUUUGCAGGAGCACACGUGUGUGCUGCACAGCAUCGUGGGUUGGGGGAGCAGCGUGGGGCGCUGGGCCCGUGUGGAGGGCACCCCCAAUGACCCCAACCCCAAUGACCCCCGAGCCCACAUGGACAGUGAGAGCCUCUUCAAGGACGGGAAGCUGCUGCCUGCCAUCACCAUUCUGGGCUGCCGGGUCCGAAUCCCUGCCGAGGUUCUCAUCCUGAACUCGAUUGUCCUGCCACAUAAGGAGCUGAGCCGCAGCUUUACCAACCAGAUCAUCCUUUGAGGGGAGCUACCAGAAGGCCCCCCCAUUCCUACCAACGCCCCUGGAGUCUUCUGCCUGCCUGGCCGGCCUCUGUCCAGAAGGGAUGGGAGGAGGCCAGGCAGGGCCAUCCCCAGCCGGGAGCGUCGAGGGUGGCCACAGACUCCCGCCCCGCUCCCUAAUAAACCCUGGUGAACCUUGGA